AUGGAAGUUGAAGGUGUUGAUACACAAGUUGAAUUAUACAUUCCACGAAAAUGCUCAGCAUCAAAUACAAUUAUAGCUGCUAAAGAUCAUGCAGCCAUUCAACUUGAUAUUGCCGAUAUUGAUGAACAAACCGGUCGUAUAACGGGAAAAUCAAGAACAUAUGCAAUUUGUGGAUCAAUUCGAAUGAUGGGUGAAUCUGAUGAUUCCAUUACACGAAUGGCAUUAAGAGACGGUUUAUUAGCUAAAAAUUUUGGUGCAAAUGACAAUAAAUGA